GCCAUAUGCCUCUCCCCCUCUUUCACGAUUCUCUUUGUUCAAGGGGCUAGGGUUUUUCCCUCUUCCUCUCUCCCUCAUUUCGACCGUCUAUUUCGCUCGAUUCUUGGCUUGGCAGGUUCCUGAUCAUUUCGAACAGUAAACAUGCCGAAGAACAAGGGAAAGGGAGGAAAGAACAGGAAGAGAGGAAAGAACGAAGCAGACGAUGAGAAGCGUGAGCUUGUUUUCAAGGAAGAUGGUCAGGAGUAUGCACAAGUCCUCAGAAUGUUGGGGAAUGGUCGGUGUGAGGCGAUGUGCAUAGAUGGGACAAAACGCCUUUGCCAUAUCAGGGGUAAGAUGCACAAAAAGGUUUGGAUUGCAGCUGGUGAUAUUAUACUGGUUGGUCUUCGUGACUAUCAGGAUGACAAAGCUGAUGUUAUCCUCAAGUAUAUGCCUGAUGAAGCUAGGCUGUUGAAGGCAUAUGGUGAGCUUCCUGAGAGCACGCGUCUCAAUGAGGGUAUUGCUGGCGGUAUUGAUGAUGAGGAUGAUGGUGGUGCUGAUGACUACCUAGAGUUUGAGGAUGAAGAUAUCGAUAAGAUUUAGAUUUUGAAUAACUUUUCCAUUUGGAGUUUCAGUUGUGGGAUGAUUCGUAAUGUGGAUUUGCUCCACUGUUGUUGUACCUUAUACUGUUCUGUUCUGUUCUGUUGGUGGACUGGUAUUUAUUCCAUAAAUUCUGAUAUUGAUGAUAUAUAUAUAAAUGCGACUCAAUACUUUUCACAAGCUGCAA